AUGCCGCUCGUGUCCGGAUAUGAUUCUGACUCCGGCUCGGACGAGCAGGGCGGGCCGAGCCACGUCACAGGACCCAGCAAACAGACGAGUGCUGCUGGCACAGCAAGCCACAUCGCUCCUUCAAGCAGCAAGAUCUCGAAGCGCUUGGCUUCGCUGCUUCCUGCACCGACUACUACUUCGGGCAGUAAGCACUGCUCAGCUCAGACUCCAGCGCCACCAAAGAAGCGGCAAAUCAAUAUUGCAUCGCUCUCUUCUUUGAGAGCGUCUAAUGGGGAGAGCGAAGGCGAAGAAACGAUCGCUGUGGGUGCAGCAUCAACAAAACGACCGCGGCUUGAAGAUGGAGCAGAGAAGAGCUCUGAAGGGAAGAAGACGCACUCGCUGCUCGGUAUGCUGCCCGCUGUCAAAGGUCCACCUCCACCCAAAACCGAUCAGGCCGUUCCAGCAUCCAAGGGACAGUUGGGCGCGAUAUCCGGCUCAGGCUCUUCAGCAGUAGGUGACGAUGAAGGUGGAUCACAAGAGACGACAGAUCUGGCAAAUGGCGAUGCUUUGGAGGCACAAGAGGAGGAGGAGAAAGAGGAUUUGGCAGCGUCAAGCAGUGCGCAAUCAUCUGGCUCGCACCCUUCGAAAGGCAACGAUGCGUUCCGCGCCAUGCUUGGCCUACCACCCAGCGCAAAGCCAGCUCCGAAUUCAUCGCAAGCGCUCAAAGUUCCGUCGGCAUCCAUGUCCAUACCCAGGCUCGCCUCAGCCACGCCACGCAUAGCUUCAUCGAGCGUCAAUGUGGGAGCACGACAUGCAGACGCCCAAGAGCGAUCACCUGCGCAGAAGAAGGAUACUGUAGCUUUAGGUGGCUUCUUUGGGCUCGGUGAGUUCUGCUGAGCCUGCCUCGGUAGUCUGGCCGCUCGCUUUGCUAAGCGUCGCAGCUCGCUCCCCUUCUUUCCCACCAUGCAGAUGCCACCGAGGAUGCUGAGCCCGCCACGCACUCCACAACGAAGGGCGCUUCACUUGGUGGAUUCAAGUCCAAAUUUUCAGUACAAGCGGCACCUACACUCAACAGUGGCGAAGCAGAAGCGUACCCUGGAUGGACUCAAGAUCCGGAUGGCACAUGGGUGCCAAUCACUCCAGCAGCGCACGCCCAAUACGCAUCUUGGCUUUCCUCUCAGUCUUCCGAAGCGGCUGUUGCAGGCAGCUCAUCCGCAGGAAGACGAUCCUUGGGCACGGCAGAAGCGAAUGCGGAACUUGCUCGAGCCGGAUUGAAGGCGGACCAACUGUAUACGAUUGAUGCUGGACGCAGUGCUUCGGAAGCGUAUGAAGCGCCAUCGAAUGCGAGCAAUAGACAGGCACCCGCUGCUGCUGCUCGUUCGGACGCUAGGUACGCAGCGGUCGCCGCAGCGAUGAAACAAGCGCAAGCGAAUGGUGGCGUUGUGGAAGGAGAAGAAGAGGAUGAAGAUAGAGGAGGGAAGAAAAAGGACAAGAAAGAUAAAGCUGGCUUUAGAGCAAGACAAAAGGGACAACUUUCGGCUCUUUUCGCUCAUGCGGAUGAGGAGAGGGAAAGGCUGGAAGAGAAAUGGGCGGCGCACAGAAGUAACAAGCGAAAAGCUAAUGAGAGGUACGGAUUUUGA